AUCGGAUCGAAAUCCGACGAUCUUGCUUCAAAGAUUGAUCCUCUGCACUGUCCGGCAGAUAAACACCCGCUGCUCUUCCAGUUUCCUUAGAGAGCUCAUCUCUUCGUUUUACGACGGUGCCUCCGCCGCAAUACGCGAGGACGAGCACGGGGGAAGGACAGAGCGGAAAUGUGGGACGCGUCGGACAUGCCGUAAAGGCGUCAGCACGAACGGCCCACCCUCGCGCUAUCAGCAGCCUUGUCUCUAUAAGCGCCGAAACAAGGAGGUUUUUGCUUAUCCGUCGCCCGCAAGCUGACAGCGCUGCGCGGGUCUGUGGUGCGGACGAACGCCGCGCAGUAUAAUACGGCCUAACGGAGAGUGGAACUGAAACCACGGGCUGACUAACAAACCACCGACAUGAGUGCGCCGUCAACAGCGUCAACACCCAAGAUCGACCUGCAUGCUCACGUGACUCCGGACCGGUGGCCCAACCUGAAAGAGCGGUAUGGAUACGGCGGCUGGCUCGAGAUUAAGCACGAGGGCGAGAAGAGUGCCGUGCUUAGCUACGACGAUGGCCGGUUCUUCAGGCGCAUCGAGCCCAACUGCUGGGACAUCGACGACAGGAUUGCCGACAUGGAUAGAACAGGUGUCACAGUUCAAGCUCUGUCUACCACACCGGUACUGCUCAGCUAUUGGGCCAAGCCAGAUGACGCGCUGGACUUCAGCCGGCUACAGAACGACUUCGUGGCUUCGAUGGUCAGCCGACGACCCGACCGGUUCGUCGGUCUGUGCACGGUGCCGAUGCAGAGCCCACAGCGGGCCGCCGAGGAGUUGAAGCGGUGCGUCACCCAGCUGGGAAUGCGGGGCGUCAUCGUCGGAUCGCACGUCAACGAAUGGACGCUGGCCGAUCGAGCACUCGACCCUUUCUACAAGACAGUCCAGGAACUCGGCGUGGGCGUGUUUGUGCAUCCUUGGGACAUGCCGCCUUCAACGCGCUAUAACAAGUACUGGCUCCAGUGGCUUGUCGGUGAGUCGUGCGAUAAGGGCGCACUACGAAGCAUGGGCAACGUAUGUGUCAACGGUACUGCGCGGGUGUCUCCAGCGGAGUCCCGGCAGCAGGCCGCGGGCGCAAGCAAGACGCGACGUCCUCCCGGAUGGGACGCUCCAGAACCGCUGCCCGACAGAAUGACCGACGAGGACAUGACCGUUUGGCAGCCCUUCACAUGA